UUUCUUUAGUUUUUCCAACUUUUUCCCUUUUCCUGGUAUUGGAUAGGCGAUUUUAUCAAACUCCAGAAAAGGAAUUGUUUAAUUUUUGUUUUUUAAAUUCUUUUUAAUUUUUAAUUAAUUAAUUAAUUUUGAGUGAGAAAGAAAGCAGGGAAUUGGAAAUGGAAGAAAGAGCAGCAGCAGCAGCAGCAGCAGCAGAAGCAAAGCUCGCUCUCUCUUUUAUUUAGGUUCUCUCUCUCUCUCUCUCGCUCUCUCACUCACUGUCUCGUUUUGCUCAGAAGAAGAGGAAGUUAGUCCAAACACUAGUUUGAGAAACCAGAAGGCGAACAAGCUCUAGAUCUGCGUCGCCAAUGGUGCUGAUGUUCUCUAUUUCUCAGCUGCAACAACACCACUGGUAAGAUUCGCUUCGAUCACUUAAGACGCUGCCUUCAGAGCUAAGGUUUACUUUGAUCUUGGAAAUCAUGAGUGUCUGGCUGGCUGGAAUUUGUCUGGUCUCCCAGCAAAUGAAAGAAUGUGCUAUGGAUCAGAGCGGGUAAAACCCUGUUCAUCUUCAGCAGCAUCUCCCAUCGUUGACGAACACUUUAACACAACAACCAUGAAUCACUUGACAGUUGAAACUGAAGAUACUUUUGCCAGCUUACUUGAACUUGCAGCAAACAAUGACAUUGAGAGCUUCAGACGAUCAAUACAGCACAAUCCUUCUGCCAUCGAUGAGAUUGGCUUAUGGUAUUGUCGUCAGAAGGGCUCAAAGCAGAUGGUUAAUGAGCACAGAACCCCUUUAAUGGUAGCCGCUACAUAUGGUAGUAAUGAUGUCUUAAAGCUGAUUCUUUCUCUCUCUGAUGCUGAUGUAAAUCAGACCUGUGGUAAUGAUAGAAGCACUGCUCUACACUGCGCUGCUUCAGGUGGUGCUGAGAAUGCUGUCGAUACUGUGAGGCUGCUUUUAGCUGCUGGUGCUGAUCCUAAUUUGAUUGAUGCAAAUGGUCAUCGUCCUGUUGAUGUUAUAGUUGUUCCUCCUAGGCUCCAGAAUGUCAGAUUAGCUCUUGAAGAACUCCUUAUGAUUAACGGUUCUGUUGGUGAACAAAUUUUCUCAGUCUCAACAAGAGCCCUUUCUCCUCCUCUAUCAACUUCUCCAGACAAUGGGUCUCCAUCAGCUUUAGAUUUCACUUGUUCUCCGACAAAGUCGAAGUUCUAUAAUAUUACUGUUUCUUCUGCAUCAGAGAAGAAGGAAUACCCUGUUGACCCCUCUCUCCCAGACAUCAAGAACAGUAUUUAUUCAACUGAUGAAUUCCGUAUGUAUUCAUUCAAGGUGAGGCCUUGUUCACGUGCCUACUCCCAUGAUUGGACUGAGUGCCCUUUUGUCCAUCCUGGAGAAAAUGCACGAAGAAGGGAUCCAAGGAAGUUCCAUUACAGCUGUGUUCCUUGCCCUGACUUCCGAAAAGGGGCUUGCAGGCGUGGAGAUAUGUGUGAAUAUGCUCAUGGGGUUUUUGAGUGUUGGCUACACCCAGCUCAAUAUCGAACCCGACUCUGCAAGGAUGGUACAAGUUGUGCGAGGAGAGUCUGCUUUUUUGCCCACACAGCAGAGGAACUCAGGCCAUUGUAUGUCUCUACUGGUUCUGCUGUUCCUUCUCCUCGCUCGACCACUUCCGGUGCUUCAGCCAUGGAUUUUGCUGCUGCAAUGAGCCUCUUGCCUGGUUCUCCUUCAUCACUCUCUGCCAUGUCUCCUUCACCAUUUACUCCACCCAUGUCUCCCUCUGGCAAUGGCAUGUCACACUCUUCUGUAGCUUGGCCCCAACCUAAUGUCCCGGCUCUGCAUCUCCCAGGCAGCAAUAUUCAGUCUAGUCGCUUGAGAUCUUCCCUUUGUGCAAGAGAUAUGGCAGCAGAUGACUUUGAUUUACUGCCAGAGUUUGAUAUGCAGCAACAGCAGCUCCUAAAUGAAUUAUCUAUGAGUAAUUCACUGAACCGUUCUGGUCGGUUGAAUACCUUAACACCCUCAAAUCUGGAUGAUCUCUUUUCUGCUGAGAACUUAUCUCCUCGCUACUCUGAUCAAGCAUUGGCAUCAGCUGUUUUCUCCCCAACUCACAAGUCAGCUCUUCUCAAUCAGUUUCAGCAGCAACAGAGCAUGCUUUCACCAAUCCAUACAAACUUUUCGCCCAAAACUACUGUUGAUCACCCUCUAUUGCAGGCUCCCUUUGGAGCACCACCAUCCUCUGGGAGGAUGUCUCCCCGAAAUGUGGAACCUAUCUCACCAAUGGGCUCUCGGGUUUCCAUGCUAGGUCAACGGGAGAAGCAACAGUUUCGUAGCCUUAGUUCACGGGAGCUUGGCUCCAGCUCCACUUCCAAUAUUGGUUCCCCUGCAAAUUCUUGGUCAAAAUGGGGAUCGUCUGAUGGAAAACCAGAUUGGGCAGUUACUUCAGAUGAAUUGGGAAAGCUACGCAGGUCAUCUUCAUUUGAGCUGGGGAACAAUGGAGAGGAACCAGAUCUUUCGUGGGUUCAGUCACUUGUUAGAGAAUCUCCUACUGAAAUCAAAGAAAAGCUAACAACACCCGUCUCAGGUGUUGCGGCCACUGGAUCCUCCAAUGACGGUUUAAGUGCAAACUCCCAAAUGGAAUCGGUUGAUCAUGCGGCAAUGGGAGCUUGGAUUGACCAACUACAUCUUGAUCUUGUGGCUCAGCAAAACUGAUCGAACAGUAUUCACUUGGCCCCAAGACAGUUAACAUGAAGUUUUUGGUAAAUAACAUAAUGCAUUCUUUUUCCAGAUUUUCUUGGUGGUUGAUAUGGGGAGGGAGUGGGGGGACAUGGAUGAAAGCCAAUGCAGGAAGUCACAUCAUUUAUUGUUACAGAAAUUAGAAAGCGUAAGAAUACCUCUCGGUUAUACUAGAAACAGAAUGAAAACCCAGUCUUGGUGUCAUUUUGCUUCCAAUAUUCUCAAAUUUAGGUUUAUAUAAUCAUCAUUUUUUUGUAUGAUGAGCAACAUGUUCUAUGCAUAUGAAACUCAUAAUCUUAUGGCUGUUUCAUAUUUUACCUUUUAUUCAUUGUCUACUCGGUAAAAAUUAGGAGGGUCAUAUUCUAUUAUGUUCUUUUAAGAUUUCUUCAUACUCUGGGCUCGGACCUCUGGUCCAUUUUUGGGGAUUGGAAAGGAUGUUGAUUCUGAUGUUUUCUAAUGUAAUUUUAGAAUCUAGUAACGUGUAGUGUCAGUUACUGGGGAUAAAGAGGAAGAUGAAGAAAUUAUGAUCCUUCCAUAAUGUAUCAUUCAAUUUUACUGGGGAUAAAGAGGUAUUCUAAUACUUAUCUUCUUUUUUGUUA